AUUACCUAUCAUUCAUUUAUGACAAUCGUCUUCCUGAUUCAAUAAUUCAAAUAUUAUUUUAUUGGCAAUCUUAAGUUUUCUUUUAAAAUUGAAAAUGAAUUAUAAAUUCGUAAGAAUUGUACUUAUGAUGAUCGUCUCAUCAACAGCUUUAGGGCGUAAAUUGGAGUUAGAAGGUAAUUGUAGUUGUGCAGCUAUUGAAGUAUCAGGUUUUGAACCCAUUUUAGAACAAUCUCUUCAGUUUAAUGUUGUGUGCAAUGAGGAAGGCAUUGAUAAAUGUGAACGUCUAUGCAUUGCUCUCGUAAGCGCUGCCAAAGAUAAAGGUCCGGAAUUGAUUUGUGAUAAAUUAAUGGGUCAUGUAUCAAAUAUGCAUGUGGGUCUUUAUACACGAAUUUGCGACGCAAAUGCAUGGAAAUUCUCAGGACUCAAAAUUCCUAAUCCAAUUUGUUGUCACGAAGGUAAACCAACUCAAUGCGGUGAUACUCAAGAAUAAUUCAAUAAAUUUAAUUCAAUA